CAACCCUCCAUGCCUCCAUAUGCCAGUCCUCCGAAAAUGCAGCGUGGCUCCUCGUGUUCCUCCCUUAGUAUACACUCAUCCUCUUUAUCAACUCUUCGACGCUGUCUACCCUAACUCUAGCAACCCGAACUACAAUUAACUUCUUCUCGCCGCGAUGCUUAUGGGUAUGAUGGAGUACGCCUGGACAAAAGACGGGUUUUGGAUGCCCGUCUAUCCACCGAAACCUGUCCCGAAGGAACCGCUUUCAUUCCUGGAGGCAUGCCGGCAAGGAGACAUCACUCGAGUGAAGGCACUAGCAAGUGAACACGACCGGGACUCCCUCACAGAGGGCCUCCGGGCGGCACUCAGCGAGGACUGCGUCGAAAUUGCCAGCUAUCUGCUCGACAAUGGCGCCGUCCUUGAUACUCCUGCGCUGCUUGCCGUUCGCACUGAGUUUGGAGUCCAGGUCUUACUGGAUCAUGGUUGGGACAUCAACCAACCCCUGUCCAACACUUCCGGGGUUACCAUGUUGACUCACCUGUUGCCUCGGGACCGUUGGGAUCUUGUCAACUGGAUGCUUCACCACGGCGCGAGACCAACCUUCGGACCGCGCUUCUACCCGCUCGAGGGGAGCGACCCCACCUGCUAUCGCAAUUCCGGGGCGUCGCUGGAAGCAGCAGCCAUGCACUGCAGUCCAGUCCACGGCUCUGAAAUCCUUCCCAUGCUCGUCAACGCUGGUGCCAAGCUAGGCGCCGAUGCGAAUGCGCUCGGAUACGUUCCGAACUUGCCGCAUAAGGGCACCCCGUUGCAUUGCGCCGCGAUGCAUGGCAGACUCUUGGAAGCGAGAUGGCUUCUCGAGCAUGGCGCAGAUCCGUCCGUGUACGAUCAUGACGUUGGGCUUCCGGCGAGCUAUUGGAGUGAGCUGCGAGGGCACUCGGACAUUACCAAGCUGAUUGACCAGUGGUAUUGGAGUCGGGGGCUGGUGGACGUUGCGGACGGGGAGAAGAAUGCAUUGGAUGAAGGUGGAAGACUUGGCCGAGAAAGCCCAGAGGCAUUGGCGAGAAGGCAGAUGGCGGAUUUGACGUUGGUGAGCAAAGGUCCCGAGGAAUAGUAUUGGUAUGGAUGAUGGCGCUAUUAGGUCCAUAAGGAAGUCUUCUUGGGAAUUCGUGGACGCACCCUAUGCAAUAAGGAGGGUUGGACAUGUCUUUAAAUCUGUCCCGGCCCAUUAACACGAGCACCAAAGUACAAGUUGCCA